AUCUCCUGACAACCAAAAUAAAAUUCUCAGUUGUACUUUUAAAACGUUAAUCCGCAAUCAUGGCUCCUGCAAAACUCAAAUAUUAACUAAACAACUUGUAUAAGCACCAAUUCACCGACACGAUCUACCCAAAGAAAAAAAAAUGGCGGCCAAUUUCUGGACUUCUUCUCACUUGUAACUACCACAUACCAAACUUCUUUCACUGAUUUUGCAAUCCAUCGCAUGGUAAACAGCUUUUGGACCCGGAAGAGGUGGAUGUUGUACCUCAGCAAGAUAAAGAUAAAGGCAUCACUCUUGAAGAAUUUAAGCUCAUUAAGAUCCAUAUGGCGAAUUAUAUAAUGAAACUGGCUCAACAUGUUAAAGUGAGGCAAAGGGUUGUGGCAACUGCAGUUACAUAUAUGAGACGUGUCUACACCAGAAAGAGCAUGACUGAAUAUGAUCCACGCCUUGUUGCUCCUAGUUGCUUAUAUUUGGCAUCCAAGGCAGAAGAAAGCACAGUGCAGGCUAAACUUCUUGUAUUUUACAUUAAAAAAUUAUCUGCUGAUGAAAAGUAUAGAUGUGAAAUCAAAGACAUACUUGAAAUGGAAAUGAAGAUCUUAGAAGCACUUAACUAUUAUUUAGUUGUAUUUCAUCCUUACCGCACAUUGUCCCCGUUGUUGCAGGAUGCUGGCAUGAAUGAUACAAAUAUGACUCAGAUAUCUUGGGGACUUCUAAACGAUACAUACAAGAUGGACCUUAUUCUCACACAUCCACCGUAUUUGAUUGCCUUAGCUUGUAUAUAUAUUGCUAGUGCAUACAGAGAGAAAGAUAUCACCACUUGGUUCGAAGAACUUCGCAUUGAUAUGAAUGUGGUAAAAAACAUCUCCAUGGAGAUUCUAGACUUCUACGAGAGCAAAAUGAUUGCAGAUGAGCGACUUAGUGCUGCUUUCAUCAAACUUGAUCGGAAGCCUUAGAUGGUGGAUUGAAGCCGGAACCCGAGAAUACUGGCAUCCGCAGCUGCGCGUCUCGAUAUUAUUUUCUCGUCGGCUAAACGCAACGAAACAGGUAAUCAGAAGAUUAGCCUAUUGGUAUGAUAUGCUAAAGCGGUGCAUUUAAGAAAACUAAACGCCUAGUGACAAUAGUAUAUUUCAUGUAUUUCUUAAAGUUAAGUGAUUUAUAAGGAAUAGACCACGAACUAUGCAUAAAUUGAUUGACCUACAGCGCAUU